CGAUUUCGUAAUGACGGAAUUACUUUUACUACCUCCGGAACUAUUGACAAGAAUUCUCCAGAACAUCCCUGGAAAAGACUUUCAGAAUGUGUGCCUAUCAUGUAAACAACUUAGAGACCUUGCUUACGAUGAGUCGAUCUGGAAAAUAAAAUGUGAAGAAGAAUAUAAAUUUAAAUCCAUUACUGGUUGGAAUGUGACAUACCGAGAUGUCUACCACAAGGUUUUGCGUCUUUACGGCGAUCUGGUGGGGCUGUGGUGGAGAGAUUUUACUCAUUAUGGAGGACUUAUGCAAGUAAAGUUUGACAACGGAUGCAUUAAAGGUGUUGAACUUCUUGCUCCACUCAGUCCACACGUGGAGAGGCCAUUGCGGAGGAAGACAAUGUUUACAAUUUCACUGACGUCAUCGGGAAAAUUGGAGAUCGUUUCUGUACAUAAUACCCCUUACAAAGAAAUCCCAUGUUCUAUUACAGUAGAGGAGGAUGAACUGAGAGGGAGAAUUCUUGAAUACAGGUGUCCUAAACAGGAACAUAAUUGGGAAACUAUGAAUCAGUGGUUGGAAGAGGAACUGAACUCUGAGGAAGCGAUGGACAUCUACCUACAUUGUUACAGAAUAAGAGGCAAAAAAUAUUUGUCCUCAAGGCAUUUUUAUCGAUGGACACCAUUAGCGGUUCCUUGGUCCAGACCUAAUGUUCCCAUACAGCCCGGUCUAUUUAAGGGUACGUACAGCGCCCACGGGAUAGAGAUACUGAGUCUGGACUACAAUGAAGACAUGACAGAAGCCACUGCUACCAAAAUUACUGGCGAUCCGAAUAUACCAGCAACCAAAGUAAGUGUGAAGGCAGAAUUAACAUCGACUCUUGUGUUGACAGCGAGUCAGCAAGAAACUCUGUCAGCGCUCCUGGAGGCUUCUGAACCGAACACCCAACACCCUCUACCAGAGACUCAGCCAUUUAAAUUACCCGUGGACUGCUAUGAUCGCGAUAUUCCAAAUAUACCGAAAACGUGUACUUUCAGAUGCAACGCUUUGGGACAGAUUGCCGCCGAUGGAUACGUUAAUCCUUCGUUCUCCAAAGCCCAAUUUGUAGUGUUUGACGAGAACACCUUUGGAAUGAUUUGGCUGGAACUUCUAUCUUUCAGUAUAUAUGCAAGAGUAAAGUACGAAGACAUCAAUGAUUGAAUUAUGAUUUAUUUAAAAAUAAUAAAAUAUUUAUAGUUGAUAUAUGAAGUAAAUAGAUCACCUUAAACAGUCAUUAAGGUCAAGCUCAAUACGUAAUAUAUAUAUAAAAUAUAUACAUUGUAUACAUUUAAUAUUUUGGGUAACGUUUUGAUUUUCCUUGGUAAGAAGUGAGGGUAUGCUCUGUAAUGGAGAUUCUGUUUAAUCAAAACCGAAGGUCAAGUUUAAAUUACAAAGUUCAAGAAUUAUGUGAUGAGAUUACAUAUGCAUCACAGGCACUUGUUUCUGUAAUAAAUUUUUUAACCCAUAGUAUUAUUAUACUAUGGGUUAAAAAAUUUAUUACAGAAACAAGUGCCUGUGAUAUGCAUUGGCACUUGCAUGCUGCUGUUAUUACUGUAUUUAUU